GCCAUUUCAAGAAUCACAGACUCACAAUAACUAACAGUUUGAUUUGCCACGUAUAGCAUAAUAAAAGAAAUUUUAUGUUGGCAAAAGAAACAAAGGCUGUGGUAAAUUUUAGGCUUUCUAUAAAUGAAAUCUCAUCACUUUCACAAUCUCUGACGAAGUACACCAAGAGAAGAAAGAACCUUCAAGAUUAAUUUAGGUUUAUACUGUUUUGUUUCUAUGCAGAAAGCAACUAUGAAUUAUAAAAAUUCUGUUACUUUCUUCUUCCUCAUUGCUCUUCUCAUCCUCCCCUUCAUGCUUUUCCCUGCCACAGCUGCUGGAGGAGUAGGAGGCUUGGAGGUGUACUGUGGGAGUAGAUGCAGAGGAAGGUGUGCCAAGGCAGGGUUUCGAGACAGAUGUAUCAAGUAUUGUGGCGUUUGUUGCAGACAAUGUAAGUGUGUUCCUUCUGGUACCUUUGGAAACAAGCAUCAGUGCCCUUGCUAUCGAGACAAGCUUAGCUCCAAGGGCAAACCCAAGUGCCCUUAAUAUCUAUUCAAUUUUGUUUCCUUAAUUAAUCACUUUUUUAAAAUAAUAACAACGACAUGCGUUUGCAUUUGCAUGCAUGCGUAUGGUCUGGUUUUAAAUGCUUCUUAUUUCUUAACUUCCUUUCUCUUAGUAUCAAAAUUGUAAGUUGUCUCUCUCUGUCUCUCUAUAUAUGUGUAUUUUAUCUCUAAAGGAGUUAUACAAUGGAUGUUUUGAAAGUUAUAUGGAUUAUACUCGGCAUAUGAAAGCAAAUUAAGAAAAUAU